UCAACAAACACAAGGUGAAUGCGGAUCUGAGAGAGAGAGAGAGAGAGGGUUACCGAUGGCAAGCGAAGAUGAGAGGGUUCUGGAGAACCUGCUGGACCUGCAAUUGCAAGAACAAAGAGACUCUCUAGCAACCCUCAACGACGCCUUAGUCUCCGACCCCACCAAUCCCGAGCUCCGCGCUCUCCAAGGGGAGGUUAUUCAGGCAAUUAAAGAUGCUGAGGAAGGGCUUCUGCACCUAAAGCGUGCAAGGUUAUUACGAGAAGUCGAUUCAGCUCUGGGUCCUUCUCAACACGCCAACAAGGAUGUCAAGGCAGAGCCUCUUGAUCCAACAGAGAGUCUUGAUGAACCAUGUUACAGUGUUGGAUCGAAAUGCAGGUUCCUUCACUCUGAUGGACGCUGGUACAACGGUCAAAUUAUAGGACUGGAUGCUUUUAACACCGCAAAAGUUGCUUUCCUCAACCCUACUUCUGAAAACAUGCUGAUUUGCAAGUUCUUUUUACAGCAACGUUGUCGAUUUGGUAGUAAUUGCUGCUUAUCACAUGGAGUUGAUGUUCCACUCUCUUCCCUGAAGAUGUAUACCCCAACCGUGUGGGUGAAGUCACUAGUAGGGUCAAGAAUUUGGGCACUCUCAGAUGGUGAAGAUAUUGUUUGGAGAAAAGCUGAACUUGAAUCAUGGGACGGUUUACUUGGGGUUGGGAGAGUUGUUUUCCAAGAUGAUGGAAGCUCUGCAAAUCUUGGGGAAGAAGCUUUAACAUUAUCUGAGUUUGCUCAAAUAACUGAUGAAGAAGAUUCUAGCUCAGAACAAUCUGAUUAUAGUGAAUUUGAAGAUGAUGCCCCUCAGGGUUUAGGAUUUCUUGAAAGCACCCUACUGCAGAGGGGCAUUCAGACAGAAACAGCCAUAUUUGCUAAGUGGGAGAAUCACACCCGUGGUAUUGCUUCCAAGAUGAUGGCCAAUAUGGGUUACCUUGAAGGGACAGGUCUAGGUGCAUCUGGACAGGGUAUUGUAGAUCCCAUCUCUGUGAAGGUCCUUCCACCAAAGCAAUCUCUUGAUCAUGCUGUUGAAUCUAGUGAAAAGGAAGAGGGUGAAGGGAAUCAAGGAAAGAAGCGUGGCAGAGGUGGCAAAAGAAAACGUGAUAAGAAGUUUGCAGCAUUGACAAGAACAGCAAAAGAAGUGGAGUCAACACCUGAUAUGUUCAGUUUUAUUAAUAGCCAACUUGCCAUGCAUGGCAAAGCUUUGAAUGGUGGAUCAGCCAAGAAGCAGCAGAACAAAGGGUCAGGGGAGGGCAAGAAAGUUAAUAGGCGGGAUUUGGUGGCGUACGAGGAGGAAGUGAAGGAGUUGAAGAUACGAGUAGGGAAGCUUGAAGAAAUGGUGAGUAGAAACAAAAAGGAGAAGGUGAUUUAUGAGGCUGCAAUGAGAAAAUUGAUUGAAACUCGGAAAGCCUUGGCAGAGGCAGAGACAGCUCAGGCUUCUGCUUCAAAUUCGGUUGUCAGUAGAGAAAAAGAGAAGAGAUGGCUUAAAUUUUAGGAUCUACAUUAUUUUAAUGUAUAUCGUUUGUAAUCAUAGGCAUACAAGUAUGCCAACUCUGGAACUAUGAAGGUUUGUGAUCACA